GGGUGUGUUACGGAUUAUUCCCUUCGGAACAUCUAAGCAUCAACAUCGUCAUCAUCGUACACGAAAAAACUCCACGAGACAAGGCGUGUUUAGAACGUUCGGACGUUUGUUUAUUCCAUUCUCGGAAUGCCUUCGUGAUGUCAUACGAGUGUUGAAAUGAACACCUGUUAUCUUUCAAAUGGACGUCUGGCGCGCGGUAAUAUUUUGCAGAAAGACGAGGGGCGAACGUUUUAAAAUUCGCGGACUGAAGCCGUCUAAUCUCCGGCAGCAGAACUAAAGCCGUUUAGGGAUCCAUUUAGUGAUAAGCCCGACAGCGAACAUGAAUGGUGAGGAAUAUGCGCGAGCGAUGUUGACUGGAUUUGUAUAGCUGCUCUGCUCCCGUGAAAACUAGAAGAGACAACCAUCGCGCGCGUUGUUAUUGAUACACCUCGAUCGCGGUUGCGCCUUUCCAACAGCUGAUAUUCGCAAGUAUUGGACUUUUAUUUAGAAUCCACGUCUACAUAGUUUCGCAGACAUGGGUAAGGACGAAUGCAAAACCAUGUUGGACGCUCUGAACAAAGUGACGGCUUGCUACAGGCAUCUGGUGAUUGCUUUGGGGAGCACGUCGGAUUCUCAAAACCUACGAGAGGAACUUAAAAAGACCCGCAGAAAAGCCCAGGAGCUGGCCGUGGCCAACAGGACUAAACUGACGACUCUUUUGAAAGACAAGAGCAUCAGUAGAGAUGACCGCGCCGAAUAUGAGCGCUUCUGGGUGCUCUUCACCAGCAGCAUGGAGCUCCUGGAGGUGGACAUGAAGCGGUCCUUGGAGAUCGGGCAGGAUUUCCCACUCAAAGUGCCAACGAGACACCUCAUCCAAACGGGCAUGACCGGCAGCACCACGACAGUGGCGGCCCGAGCCAUGAGCGUCCAAAACAUGAAAUACGAAGCGGACGCCAACAUCGACACCGCGGAUCUCAAAGAGCUGGAGACCGAGAUCGCUCUGGUGGACCAGAUGAUGGAGGAGAUGGAGAUGAAGGUGCAGGUGGCGCCGUGGGCUGUCGAGGCGAAACAGGAAGCCGGCGCCGAGUUAAAAUCCACCGUCAGUGUCGGAAAUUCGUCGGUCGGUGUCAUCUCGAUUUGCGAGGAGGAACCCAAAGAAACGGUGGAAACAGAAACUGACAUGAUGAAAGUAUUCGCAGGCAUUAUAUUCACUGCGGUUUUAUUAAUUGCCGGAAUUCUGGGCUACCUUGUGAUUAAUCUUUGAGCAACGGUUAGUGACUAAUGUUAGUGGUGAAGAUGGAUCAUUCGGCCUGUGUAUCAGGAUGGCACUGACUCAGGGCUUAGAUUUUCGGUCUGAAUGUAGGCUACAUGGAGGCAGCAACAUGUUGCUUCAGUAGGCCUGUGAAUUUGUGGAGGCAUGUCUUGAUGUCAUAAUGCUGGAGAUCACCUCGCCAACAUUUUGAUGGGAAGCAUUAGUAAAAUGCAUCAGUUUUUGAAGGGAAUAGCUAAAAGAACUGUCACAAUCGAAUGGCCCAUCAUUCUGUUCGCUCUACAACUAUGGAGUUAUACUUCUGCCACAAUUCUGUGCGCACAAAAACAACUGCUUGCGCAAGAUGAUAUUUUGAGUAUGCAAAAAGGUAUUUUGUACACAGAGUAGGAGGAGAAAGCAAAAUGUAAGAAUUCUGAGCAAAUUCACAUUCAAAUAAACUUUAUUCAAGUGCAAACUUGACUUUGGUUUGUUCAAAAUGAAUGUAUCUUCGCGAGAAGAUACAUUGCUUUACAAAACCGAGUUCAAGCGUGUGCAAAAUAAAACUUGCGCUCAAAAUUGCAUCUUGCGCAUGCAAAAUUGUUUUUGUGCGCUCAAAAUAUAAUCUUGUGCAUGCAUAAUUUUUUUUGCACUCAAAAUAUCAUCUUGUGCAUGCAAAAUAACUUGUAUGCUCCAAAUUUCAUCUUGCAUGUGCAGAAAAUAUUGUGCGCUCCAAAUAUUAUCUUGCACAUGCAAAAUAACUUUUUGUGUGCUCAAUUUCAUCUUGCGCAUACAGACAUUUUUUUGUGCACUCAAAUUAUCAUCUUGUGCACGCAGAAUAAUUUUUGCACUCAAAAUAUCAGUUUGCCCUUGCAAAAUAAAUUGUUGUAAACUCAAAAUGUAAUCUUGCACGUGCAGAACAUUUUUGUGCACACAAUAUAUCAUCUUGCGCUUGCUAAAUAACUUGUUAGCUCAAAAUGUAAUCUUGCAUGUGCAGAAAUUUUUUUUGUGCACUCAGAAUAUCAUCUUGCGUGUGCAGAAAACUUUUUGCACUCAAAAUAUAAGCUUGUGCUUGCAAAAUAACUUCUUGUAAGCUCAAAAUAUAAUUUUGUGCAUGCUGAAUUGUGGCACAUAUAUAACUCCAUAUACAACAUCUAAACCGUAGGCAACAGAUCAUGGUCAGGUGUGAAAGUUUUAUUAGCCAAAAAUAAAUUUACUGCAUCACUUGAGGCUUGAAGAGGACUUAGUUGUAGCAUAUUUGUCACAGUAAUUGUCACUCUCAUAGGCAUAUCAGUAAGUAGGUAUUUCAUCACUGGAUGAAGACCUAAAACUUGAAGUUUACAACUUUUAGGGCACUUAGACAGCAACAAGGGGUUCUUCAUAUUAAACCGAUGUUUGUUUCUGAGAUUAUAUAGAUCAUUGUGAUUCACACCAUCCUUGUUAGUCAUAUACUAAGCAGACUGCCCAUCAAUGACUGUCAAAAUGGGCCUAACAGUGGGUGUCACUGCAUU